CGAAGAAAAAAAAAGGACGAGAGCCAAAUCAUAGUCGCUGACAAUCGGAGGUUUCAGCUCCCUACCUUCAGUUCGAUGGUUCGAUCGGACCAUGUCAGGUCGAACCAUGUUAGGCCGGGCCGGAUCAGACCGGGCCAGGGGACCUCAGAGCGCCGGGACGUCAGGUGGUCUGUUCCCACCGGUCCCGGGCGGUCCCUGUGACGGGACCGGCACGUCACAGAGGUACCGUCACUCGCGGUGGAAACCUCGGCAGAGCAGCACGGUACCUCAGCCACAGCGCGCGUCACUAACAUGGAACUCGUCUCAGGUGUCAGCGUGAGCAGCCGUCUGCCCGCCGUGGUGGCGCUGCUAUCAGCUGCCGCUGCUCUCUGGCCGGCCGGCGGCGCGGCGGCGGCCGUGCGCGGCUGGCCGCUGCAGACCUACGAGCUGGAGACUGAGGCGGAGGUGCGGCGCGACAGCUGCCCGAGCGGCUGGCGGCACGACGGCCACCAGUGUCUGAUGUACGUGCCGGCCGUGCUCGGCUGGGAGGCGGCGCAGCGCCACUGCGAGGACGCCCAGGCCGGCGCAGCGCUAGCCUCCGUCACAGACGUGUUUCAGAUGUCCCAGCUGCUGCUGCGGGCCAAGCGGGCCGGCCAGGACCAGGUCUGGAUCGGUCUUAGCGGCGAGAUCGAGGCAGGCGAGGCGUUCUGGGGCUGGGCCGACGGCAGCCCGCUGGAGUUCCAGGUCUGGGAGGAGGGCACCGGGCCCGAGGUCGAUGAAGAAACGGCGGCAGAAGCGGCGGCACAGGCAAUGGGGGACGAGCCGCAGCUCUGCGCCGCCUUCUCGACGCGCAGGAAGAGCUGGCGCCCGGUGCCGUGCGACAAGAAACUCCGCUUCUUCUGCGGCUACAUGCUGGCCGAAAAGAGCAACUGACCGCACGCCGGAAGUAAAUAAUUAGUGAAUUGGAUUACGUUGUACACAAUGGUGAGGAGGACAGGAGUCGUAUUUAUUAUGUGAAUGUAGGCUGAUGAUGACGACCGGAAUAUAAAAAAAUGUUCAAGCUGGCACACAAAUAUCCAUCUAUAUCUGGCAAUAAAUGCAGCAUGUAGCUUCUUGAUAAUAUAUAACGGAAGCUGCCGUCCAAUGGCAUAGGUAAGAAAUAAAUGAAACCAAUUUAAGUAGA